AUGUGUGACGCCAUUAGAUCAACGUGGAACAAUAAAGUGGCCAGGGACCUCCAGGGUCAUGGGACCGCCAUCUUUGUCAAUUUCUUGACGGCUAACCCAGGCGAACAGAAGAAGUUCUCCAAGUUCGCGUCUGUUCCAACUGCUUCCCUCAGCGGCAACCGAUACGUGCAGGAGCAAGCCAUGGUGAUCAUGAAGAAACUCGACAGCAUCGUUAACUCGGGUGACCUGCACGCCGCCACCAGUGACCUGGCUGCUAGCCACAAGGCGAUGAACGUCACCAUACCCGAAUUUAAGAAAAUUUUCCCCAUCAUCAUCGACCACGUUGUCGCCAGAGCUGGAGCCGACAGAGGUCCGUGGACGUCGGCUUUUGACGCCAUCGGUGCAGCGAUCGCCUCCCAACAAUAG